AUGGAAAAGUUAAAAAGCUUACUAUCAGUAAUUGUUUCUGAUUUGAGAACAAUUUCUCAAGAAGGUAGAAAUAAGUUUCAGAACAUUAAAGAUGUCUCUGAAAGAGUAAUUUUAACCAUCAAAUAUUUAGAGGAACAAAGCACAACUUCAGAGCAAUUAAUGCAAAAUUUAAAAAUUAAAAGUGAAGAAAUCAUUAAACCAUUUUUAAUGGCAUUGGAAACUAAAAAUCAAAAAAUGAUUUCCAUUGCAAUCGGUUCAAUAUUAAAGUUAAUUUCCCAUUCAUCAAUUUCAAUUAAUUCAUUACCUUUAAUUUUAAAUAAAAUGCAAAUGUUAAUUGAUGUUGGAUCAGAUGAGUCAGUUCAAUUAAAAGUAUUACAGGGUUUAUUGGUAUUAAUAACAACUAUGGGCGAUAUUCAUGAUGAUACUUUAUCACAAUGUUUGGUUUUAUGCUUUAGAUUACACUGCAGUAAAAAUAUAUCAAUUCAAAGUACUUCAUCAGCAACUUUACCACAAAUCAUUAGAAUUAUUUUUGAUAGAGUUUCAGCAGAAAUUAAAGAGUCUACUAAUAUUCCAACUACCUCAACCACACCACCAACAUCAGACGAAAACAAAGAUGAUGCAACAACAACCGAAGCUGAGCAAAAAGAAUCAACCACUACUACUGCCGAACAAAUAGCACCAACUUCAACAGCAUCAUCACCAGCAACACCAUCAAUUAUACCAGCUAAUAUUAAUAAAUCACCAGUUUCAACAUUGAAACCAGCAGCCAAAGAUGCAUAUUUACUCUUACAAGAUUUGUGUUAUAUAACAGGAGGAGAUUCACCAGAAUGGUUACCACCUGCCACUACAAUUUCAAGAUCAUCAGGUUUAGAGUUUAUUGAAAUGAUUAUUUCAGUUCAUCACGAUAUUUUCUUUAAGUUAAACGAAUUUAAAUAUUUAUUAAAGGAUAAAAUUUGUCCUUUAUUAAUUAAAAGUUUCAAAUUUAAGAUGGAUUUCUAUCAUACAGUAAGAUUAAUGAGAGUCAUCACUCAAUUUAUUUCAAAAUUUAGUCAAAUUAUGGUUACAGAAUCAGAUGUGUUGUUAACAAGAAGUAUCAAAAUGAUGGAUAACGAAAACCCAAUUUGGACCCAAAUUUUAGCAUUAGAGUCAUUUAGAGUUUAUUCUGAGGAUCCAAAUCUUUUAAGACAAUUCUAUAUAAACUAUGACAAAGAUAAUAAUUCAGCCAAAAUUUUUGAAAAUAUGACUAUUACAAUUGGGAAAUAUAUCCAAAAUUUUUAUAAUCUAGAUUCUUCAUUAUUCACAUUAGUAAAUACAUCAAAGAAUAGAUUAAUCGAUUUAUUAUGGCAAAAUGAACCACCUCAAAUUAAAGAAAACUAUAUUAUUUCAGUUUGUACUGAAUGUAUUAAUGGAAUUGUAAAUGCAGUUUCAAAGAUUAAUAAUCCAGAUAUUGAAUGUGAUAAUGAAAUAUUUCCACAAAUGGCAAAUUCAUGUUGGGUAUCUAUUUUAGGUGCAAUUUCAUUGUUAUUAAGUAAAUCAAAUGACGAAGCAUUAAUUCAAAUGGUAUUAAAAUCACUUCAAUCCUUUACAAAUACUUGCGGCGAAUUACAUUUAUCUGGUCCAAGGGAUGCUCUUUUAACAUGUCUUUGUAAAACUACCGUAUUACCAUCAUUCGAAUUAUUAAACUCAAAUAAUUUAAAUUUAAAUCAACCAGGAAAAGAAAAAGAAAAAGAUAAAGAAGGCAAUAAAGAAAGUAAUAGUGGUAAUAGUGAAGCUUCAUCAAAUAGUAGUACCCCACAAUACUCAUCUCAAAAUAGUAAUAACAGUAACAACAAUAAUGGCAAUGGUAAUGGCUCAUCACUAAUGUUUGAAGAUAAAUUAUCCAAUUUCUAUCCAACCACUAAAAAUAUUUUAUCAGUUAAAAUAUUAUUUAACAUUGCUCAUUGUAUGGGUUCCGUAUUGGAUGAGUCAUGGAUAUUAGUUUUGGAAACUCUUGAAACAUGGAAUAGAUUUUUCGAAUCUUUCUUAAAGAAAAAAGAAAACUCGACCUCUUCAACAUCAGCAACACCAAAUUCAAACGAUAUCACCUCAAGUCCAAAAGAAAUUUCUAGUCCAAGAAAUAUUGGUGAAGUUCCUAUUUUAAUGAAUUCUAUGGAUAAUUUAUUCAAAUCAAGUUCACAAUUAGACAUUAGAUCCCUUCAAUAUCUUUUAGAGGCAUUAGGUAAACUUUGUACAAGUUCAUUCAAUUUGAAAUCAUUCAAUUCUACCCCAAAUAUGUUUGGUAUUACCAAAUUAAAAGAUACUGCUUUAGCAAAUCUUUAUAGAAUCGAUAAAAUUUGGCCAAUGAUUUCUGAUCACAUUAUUGAUGCUGGUAAUCAUAGAAAUUUACAAUUUAGAAAAUAUUCUGUCGAGUUUUUAAAUUCUAUUAUCAAAUCUACUAUUUCACUUCAACAAAAUAAAAAAGAUAAAGAAAAAGAAAAAGAAAAAGAUUUAUCCUCAUUACAAUCACCAACUUCAGAUGAUUUAUCACAAACUAAUGAAAAUGAGGAUUUAAAAACAACCGCAAUAACCACAACCAUCACUACAGAAAGCGAUAAUAAAUUACAAUUAUUAGAUAAAAACCAAAUCCAAUUAGAAUUUUUUAUUACAAUGGAAGAGUUAUCAUUUUCAACAUCAAACGAUACUAAAGAAAAAGUGCUCGAGUCAAUUUAUAUUAUUUUAUCAAAUUCAGGUCAAUCCCUUACAACAGCAUGGCCAAUUAUUCUUAGCACAUUAUUAAGAAUGUCCAAAGGAAAUGAAAAGAGAUUCAUUACCUUAUCAUUUUCAAGUUUAGAAUUGAUUUGUAACGAGUUCCUUUCAAAUCUUACACCAGAAUGUUUAGCAUUAACAAUUGAACUUAUUGAAAGCUUUGUAUCACAAAAAUCAGAAAUUAAUAAUAGUUUGACUGCAUCAUCAGGUUUAUUAUCAGAUUUAACCUAUUUCUUAGCCAAUGAAAAUUCAAUUAAAACAUCAAAGUACCAUGUUAGCGAUGGAAAAGCAUCAGAUCCAGUUUUAGAGGCUCACAAACACACAUCCAGUAAACCAUCAAUUAAUCAACGUAUUUAUCCUUCAAUUUCAGAAAAUUCACCAUUCUUCAAAGAUAAGACUAGAAGUUUAAUCGAUAGAAUGUGGUUAUGCGUAUUUAGCUCAAUGAAAACACUUAGUAUUGAUUCAAGAGCUCCAAUUAGAAACGGUGUAGUUGUCAUAUUUUUCCAAAUUUUAACUACAUAUUUCCAUUUAUUCGAAAAGGAUUUACUAGAGAUAAUACUUUGGGAUACUUUAUUCCCAUUACUAUCAGAGAUUAAGUCAUUUUCAGAAAAGGCAGAUCAGGAAAGAAUAGAUUCCGAUUUAGGUAGUGGUGUUAAAUUAUUAGUACAUCACAGUAGAAAUACUGCUCAAAAGCAAUGGGAUGAAACUCAAGUAUUAUCAAUUGGUGGAAUGGUUAGAAUUUUUAAACAAUUUUUUGAUACUCUAACAACAUUACCAUCAUUCCUUCGUUCAUGGGAGUGUCUAUUGAACCAUUUAGAAACCGAAUCAAAAUCAACAAGUAAAGAGGUAUCACUUUCAUCACUUUCAUUCCUUCAUGAAAUUGUCAACACAUCAUCAAUUAUUGAUCCAAGCCAUCCAGAGCUUAGUGAAUCAAUCUGGGAAACUCUUUUACGUCUAUCAAAACUUUUCGAUCAACAACCAUCAUCAUCCAAAACACUUUCAGUUUAUAUCAAAGUUUUUACAGAUCUCUUUAAUAAAACUCGAUCACAACUCGAUCAUCAACAAAUGAAUCGUGCAUUAGGAAUUAUUUUCCCAAUGGGUAUUUCAAUUGGCGACUCAUCAACUGACCUUUCAAAUCCACAAACUCAUGCUAUUCAAAUCAUUAAAUCUUUACCACCACUUAGCGAAGAUAUUUUCCCUUCGAUUAUUGGAGUAUUGUUAAAAUAUAUUUCAAUUGGAAUUAACCAACCAUUCACACCAAGUUCAAAUUGUGAUUUUAUUUUCCCACCAUUAAUUCAAACAAAAGAUUUAGUUUAUUAUUCAACUAUUACCGAAAAAUCGAUCGAAUUAAUUUAUGAAUUAUUUUCACAUCAAACAACAACAGAUUCAAUGAGAUCAUUGGUUUUCGAGGAUAUUAUUAAAAUGUUUGGUUUUUCAAUGCUAACAAAAUAUACUAAAUAUCAUUCAACAAUUUGGAAGUUAUCAAUAUCAAAUUUAAUUAAAAUUUUACCAAGUGGUUUAUUAGCAAUUAAUUCAGAUUCAAAUUAUUUAAAUGAUAUAAAGAGAAAUAUUAUUUGGACAGAGUUGAUAGACUCAAUUCAAACCUUUAUUUUACACGAGAGACCAAACCAUCCAAUUUCACCAGAAAAAAAAUUAGAAGAAGACAAAUAUGACAUUGAUUUAAUUAAUGCAAUCUCUAAAGAAAUGGUAGGGUUUUCAGGUAUUAAAGUUGAACGUGUUUCAAUUAUACGAGAUAGACUUGUAGAAAUUCUUCAAGAAGGUUCAAUGCUCUCGGCUCAUGGUCGUGAAAAAGUUGCUCAAUCAUGUUACCAAAAUAUGUUUUCAAUUUGUUCAAAAGCAGAACCAUCAAAUCCAGAAUCAAUUGAAAUCGCUAAAGUAGUAUUACCUGUUGUUUUAAAGCGUUGCAAAGAAGUUUUACAACGUUUUGUUAUAGACGAAAGACAAUCCGGAAGCUAUCCAUUACCAAGAUAUCGAUUAUCAGAAAUAUCUUUUAUCCUUAAAGAAAUUUAUGACCUCCAACUCCAACCAGGUGUUUAUCACAAUAAUAAUCAAAAUUCAAUCAUCAAACCAGAAUGUAAAAGACCUCAUUUAUUAGAAUUAUAUCCAAUUCUUUGUGAUUGUAUUUGUACUUCCGAAAAAGAAAUUAAGGAAUUAUUAAAAAAUAUUUUUAUAAUUGUUUCAAAAGAGUUUUUAAAUAUUAAUUAAAAAUAUAUAAUAAAAUAAUUAAUUAUUUAUAAAAUAAAUU